CCCCAGAAAGGAGAAACUAGGCUCGCUGCCUACUUGAACAACAACUGGAGGGGGAGCUCGCACAAGAACCGGCUCGGUUGUUACCGCCGACACAACAUGUUACAACACAAGCGCUGAGUGUGGGUCGGACAGAACCGUAUUUACCCCCCGGUAGUGGCGGUAGUCAGCAGCCACGCCCUGGAGCCUAAACAAAACUGCUGGCAGUGAUCGAGCGAGGCUCUUGGGGGAACCAUGAGGGAGUAUAAAGUGGUGGUCCUCGGCUCCGGAGGGGUUGGGAAAUCCGCCCUGACGGUCCAGUUCGUGACGGGAUCCUUCAUCGAGAAGUACGACCCCACAAUAGAGGAUUUCUACCGGAAGGAAAUCGAGGUGGACUCCUCUCCGUCCGUGCUGGAAAUCCUGGACACGGCGGGCACCGAGCAGUUCGCCUCCAUGCGAGACUUGUACAUUAAAAACGGGCAGGGUUUCAUUCUAGUUUACAGCCUGGUCAACCAGCAGAGCUUUCAGGACAUCAAGCCCAUGCGGGACCAGAUCAUUCGGGUCAAACGGUACGAAAGGGUACCAAUGAUUCUGGUGGGGAAUAAAGUGGACCUGGAGGGGGAACGGGAGGUGUCGUCCGGCGAGGGGAAGGCACUGGCGGACGAAUGGAACUGUCCCUUCAUGGAGACGUCGGCCAAGAACAAGACCUCGGUGGACGAGCUGUUUGCUGAGAUAGUCCGCCAGAUGAACUACGCGUCCACACCGAAUGGCGACGACCAGUGUUGUUCCUCUUGUGUCAUACUGUAAGGAAAGUUCUACACCUUCCUCGCUUUUUGCAAUGUGUGUUGCAGCAAGUGUGUCUUCUUGGCGUCUCGGCCUGGCCUCGGAGGAAAAUGAAGAGGAAUUCCGCAGGAGGAGAAGAGGAGGGUGUUUGGAGUAAGUGAGGCAAAGGGGAGGGGUCCACUCUUGAGGAAUUCUGCUGCGUCGGAGAAUCUCUCCUGCGUGGCCAAUGUCCACAAUUGAGGUCCGAUCCCGAGUCGGAGUGACAGCCUUCCACCCACGACUUCCAGCCCCACCUUGAAAGACAUGGAAACAAUACAGAGAACAUUGAAAGAUGCACUCAAAGGAUAUUCCGUAAAAGUAUAUUUUGUGAAAUAACGCACAGUCGCUCCUGGAUGGGUACAAGCUUAUGCUUAUUUUUAAUUUUUUUUGGUGGCGGAAUAACGUGACAAUCUCCUCGUUGGGUGUGCAAGGAGACUUUAGCUGACUUGACGUGGGGGAGGGGGGACCACCUUGAGUCCACCUCGCGUCCAGUGCCUUUUUUUCCCCCCCAAGCCAACACACUUGAGCCGUUCCCGUUUAGUGCCAACCCUCCGGAAACAAAAACCUCAGCGUGGCAAAUCCACUCCUCUCUGGAUAGUCAGUGGCGUAGGGUCGACCCUGAUUCGAAAGACUGCAGGUGUUCUGUUCACGGAAUGGUGCUUCUCGUCUCUUCUACGUUUGGUUCUUUUAUUUUUCGAGUCGUUCAUUAUAGAGUUCAUGCUGCAGUGUCCGCCUGGCCAAACCUAUAAGUCUUGAAACGCACAGGUACUGGAACCUUAACAACGAUGGCACCAAACACUUCCAGACCUCUUCAAUCAAUGUUUUGUUUUAUAGGACAAGUGAUGAUGAUGACGAUUAUGUACAUGAUGUUGACAAAUCUAAUCUUGAUUGUACGUUGAAUUACUGGCCAGCCUUUUAACUGUGGGUGGUCUGUUUUAAAGAAAACAACUUUUAAUACAGAUGG